AUGUUAAAACCAUAAUACAUCUAUAAUCAUGAAGGUUAACAUUUGAAUAUUUUCUCUUUUGGUAGAGCAAUUUGCAAAUUUAAAUCAAUUUUUCUUUAAACAAAAAAAUUAUUUAACAAAUUGCCACAUCAAUUGCAAUAUAUGAUACAUAAAAUAUAGUAUCUAAUUAAAAAAAAUCGAAGUAAAACCUUUAGUUUAGUCCACAAUAACAAUUUCAUAUAUACAAUGGAGAUUUUUGUUAAUUGGAUAUCAAGGCUUAGAAUAAAUUUAAUUAUAUCAACCAAUUUAUAAUUUCAUAGUUAAAUUGGAUAAUAGUGUAAAUGA